ACUACCUCCGCUAUGGUACAUGUUGUCUACUAUGUCCAUGGUGCCGGUGCCACGGCUAGCCUACUCCCAGGUCAGAGAGAACCUGGUGAAGCCAUCCCAUCCAAGAUCAUCUGCCUCUUGGCCUCUGGAGGACUGGACUGCCGCUACGAAGGACCAGCCUGCUGGAUGCCCAGCCAACAAACUGUACAGGGACUCUACUCACACUGGGUGACUGAUGACAUUGUGGCUAUGGCGAGACCCUCCUCUCACAUCAUCAAGAAAUACAGCAUCAUAGAGCAGUUCCAAUGGCUGAACAUCAAGUCCAUCAUCAACAUGCUUUCGCCUGGGGAGCAUGCUCACUGUGGCCCUCCUCUGGAGCCAGACACUGGAUUCACCUACUUCCUACAAACCUUUAUGGAGACUGGUAACUUUGGUGUGUCGUCUGUCGUGGGGAUGAUGGAUGGAGUGAAGGUGAUAGCCUACGGCAUGAAAGAGGGGAAGGUGGCUGUGCACUGUCUCGCAGGCUUGGAGAGGACAGGUGUUGGAAUUUUAUGGUAUGAUAAUAUGGUUCUCAGUCCAUAAAUAGUCUGUUUAUAUUGUUUAGCUCAUUUAGAAUAUACAUUUGUAUUUGUAUUUAUUAAGGAUCCCCAUUAGCUUCCUGGGGCUUCCUGGGGUCCAUCAACAUUA